AUGGUCACAAUUGGAAAUGCUCAUGACGAUUUGAUUCAUGACGCAGUAUUAGAUUACUACGGCAAAAGAUUAGCCACAUGCUCUUCAGAUAAGACAAUCAAGAUUUUCGAUAUUGAAGGAGAAAAUCAUAAAUUGACCGAGACAUUGAUUGGACACGAGGGUCCAGUGUGGCAAGUUGCCUGGGCACAUCCUAAGUUUGGUGCAAUUUUAGCAUCUUGUUCAUACGAUGGUAAGGCGUUGAUUUGGAAGGAACAACCUGAAACAAGACAAUGGUCCAUCAUAGCAGAACACAAAGUCCAUCAGGCAAGUGUCAAUUCUGUUUCAUGGGCUCCUCAUGAACUUGGUGCUGUCUUGUUAUGCACAUCAUCAGACGGUAAAGUGUCAGUAGUCGACUUUAACGAUGAUGGUACCACUCUGCACAUUGCCUUUGACGCCCAUGCUAUAGGUGUGAACUCAGCUUCAUGGUGUCCAAUUAUUAAAGAUAAUAUAAGACAAUUUGCCACUUGUGGUUCCGACAACUUGACCAGAAUUUGGAAAUGGGACCCUAAAGAUAAUAAAUACGUCGAAGAAGCUACUUUAGAGGGCCAUUCUGAUUGGGUCAGAGAUGUAGCUUGGUCUCCUUCAGUAUUUGUCAAGUCUUACAUUGCCACAGCAUCUCAGGACCGUACUGUCUUGAUCUGGACCAAAGAAGGUACAAGUGGCAAGUGGGAAAAGCAAUUGUUGACUACUGAAAAGUUCCCUGAUGUAUGCUGGAGAUGUUCCUGGAGUUUGUCUGGUAACAUAUUAGCAGUUUCUGGAGGAGACAAUAAGGUUAGCUUGUGGAAGGAAAGUUUACAGGGUAAAUGGGAAAGUGCUGGAGAAGUUGAUCAAUAA